AUGAUAAGCUCCCUGGUCUCUGCCGUCCUCAUGCUCGGCACCGCCAACGCUGUACCCUCUCCAUCACCCACUGCCUCCGCCUCCGCCAGUGCCUCAGCCGCGCCGGCGCCGACAGCCGGCAUCAUCCCCGCCCAAAAGCCCACAGGAGACUACGCCGGCUCUUCGUUCCGUUUCGUCCCCUCCCAGCUCAAAGUAGCAGGCACGAGCCUCUGCUUCACGUCCACGAACCAGACGUACGGCUCCCAAAUUGAGCUCGCCGAGUGCUCCAAGCCGCGCGAGAACAUCAUGCAGUUGUGGGGCCUGACCGACGCGCAGAACCAGUUCUUCCUCGCAGGCAGCGAGGGUACGUGUCUGUCCCAGAACUACCCGCAGCCCGACAAUCUGAAACUCGGCGUGUGCGAUGCCGACGACAGCGAUAUCUGGUUUGUCGCGACUACCGGCGAGCUGUGCACGGAGAGAGUCGGCUGCGUCUCGGUGAACGGCACCAGCGACGUCAAGGCUGGCGACAAGCUCACCGUCGCUGACGAUCCGAGCAAGUUUGUCAAGAUUGCGUAUCAGCAGGACAUCGAGCUCACCUUCGAGCUGAGCAGGGAGAAGGAGGAAUGGUGUCCCGAGUCGGGGCCGUGCUUGACUGCAGCCACCCCCACGACCCGCGCCACCGACGCCCCUGAGACCGAUGGCGGAGACGAGGAGUAG